CGACAGGGUCGCUUUACGGCAGGAGGAGAGGGCGGGUCAAAGACUCGAGGUAGGAAGCCGAACUGAGGGGCGAGGAAAAGAGCUUUUUGCGUCAGAACCGCGGCCGGUCCUGUCUUCGCCAUGAGGCCGCAGCAGGCGCCGGUGUCCGGGAAGGUUUUCAUUCAACGAGACUACAGCAGUGGCACACGCUGCCAGUUCCAGACCAAGUUCCCUGCGGAGCUGGAAAACCGGAUUGAUAGGCAGCAGUUUGAAGAGACAGUUCGAACUCUAAAUAACCUUUACGCAGAAGCAGAAAAACUUGGAGGCCAAUCGUAUCUUGAAGGCUGCUUGGCUUGUUUAACAGCAUAUACCAUCUUCUUAUGCAUGGAGACUCAUUAUGAGAAGGUUCUGAAGAAAGUCUCCAAAUAUAUUCAAGAACAGAAUGAGAAGAUAUAUGCUCCCCAGGGCCUCCUCCUGACAGACCCUAUUGAGAGAGGACUUCGAGUUAUUGAAAUUACCAUUUAUGAAGACAGAGGCAUGAGCAGUGGAAGAUAAACCAUAAAAUUAAAGAUCCCACCUCCAGCUGGGACCCUCAUCUACCCACUGGCUGAUCACAGAGUGUCCCUACCUCCUCUCCAGAGCAUCAUUCCUUUGUAUCUGCUGCCAGAGCCACGGUGCCAUUUACUCCAAGGACUAACUUUCUAAAAUUCCACACCUGGAGUGACCUCUAGUCGCUCAGCAUCCACUUUGUGUCUCUAAAUUGUGUAGGACUCUGUAAUCUUUUGAUUCGUUUCUGAGAAAACACAAUGAAGCAUUUCACUUUUUUUUAUUCAAAGUGAUUUAAUAAAAUACGCAGUUGGUCAGCCCAAUGCAAAGUUUUAUUUCUUACCUGCCACCGGUACCAUGAAUUCUCUUCAUUCCUUGGGCCAGUUUUCCAGGUGACUUUAGACUUCAACGAGUUUAUAUUAGCCAAUGUUCAGUCUCAUUCCCCAAAAUUAAUAAAAGACUUUUUUCCAGGUGAGGGAUAGACUGUCUGUGGUUAUGCUAACGCAUUUCCCAGAUUUCAAAGAAGUACCAGUUUUGCCAUGAUUCAAGUCUUAAGAUUGAUUUCUGUUAUUCAGUUUUCAAACUGAAGCUCAUUGAAAAAAAUACUGUAUAAUGUUAUUUGUUUUAUUAUAGCAAUUAUACCUAAUUAAAGCAGUAUUGAAUGCAAUUUCCAGUUAUUUUCUUUGGAGACUUUUAUGUUAUUAUUGCAUUACCUUGAAUGUUGGAAAGAUGUGAUAUGUGUUGCUUGUUCAUUACACAAAUAAGUAAGCACAAUAAAGUGGAUGCUAAACCAUCAAACACAUAUGUCCCUGCUGUGUCCCUGAAUGUGUAAUAAGCAAGUAUAGUAAAUAUUUUAAUUAUAGUUUUGUUAUAAAUAUAACUUAUGAGAAAAAAUUUGAUAGGCAUAAUACUGUAUAUUGCUAAUUUUUAACCAUACUGGCAACUUUAUGAUUUAUAGAUUCCUCAUACAGUAUUCAGUGCACAAAAAUCUUGAUUGGUUCAAGUAAGUUAAGUGACUUCAAAGUUAAACUCUCAAGUCUGAAUCAAUAUUUCUAACUCUUCUUUUGUCUGUAUGUUCCUAGUGUUUGGGUUUCUUACGCCUUUCAUUCUUUUCUGGGUUUGAGAGCACUGAAUUUGGGAGAAAGUUAAGAAAUAUAUUAAGUGAGAAUGAAGCAGUUAAAAGUUUUACUUUCAGAGAUAUUGUAGGUGCUAAUACUGGAUUUAACUUUUCAGAUGUGAUUUCUUUUCUGGAUGUGGUAGUUACUCAAAUCUCAUAGGUCUGUGUAAUAUUUUAAUUGUAUAAAACUUUGUUACUUUGUAGCCUCUUUCAGUGUGUCUCUCUGCCUUUUAAACCCAUUGCAAUAACUUUGCUGAAAUACUGACACAUUAGUAAAACUUUUCUUAAACAAA